AUGCUGUUCUUUUUGUUGGGUUUCUGUUUGUUGUUGAGUAGUAUUGCUGAAGGUGCACCGGGUAGUGUACGGAAAUCACACAAUACGGAGCAGUGCAUCACUCAGUGCUCCGAAAACUAUACUGACCAGUGGGCGGCGUUGGUCUCAUCCAAGCUGGUUGCGGUGCUGACGAAAAAUGACACGCUCCUGUCGCAGAUGAAAACCGUCAAGGGGGACAUGUGCAGGUACGAAGUUUCAGACCUAGCGAAGAUCAAAAUCAACUGA